UUUGUGCGAAAAGGUUUAAGAUUUCUUUUGGAAGUGAUUAAUAUAAAGAAUAAUUCAGUCAUGAAAUUCACACGUGUGCUCUUAAGUGUUGUUAUUUUGCUGGUACUUUUAGAGUGUUUUGUGAUAGCAAUUCCAACACCUUCUCCGCAUUUUCCAUUUACUGUCAAUCAAAAAAGGACGGCAUCACGUAAAAAAUCAGAAAAACUAAAACCAAAACGAACAAGAAUCGUAAUUGAUACUGAAGAUGUAUUAAGGACGGACAUAAAAAAUAUUAGGUUUUAUAACUUCAAAGUGCCAAGUUAUGUGCAGGGUUAA